AUGGGAGAUUCCACAAUAAGGCAUAGUAGAAGUACGAUCGAGUUGACGACAUGUCAUCUCAAAGAUAUGGAUUGCCUGACAACCAGGCAAGAGGUGGCAGAGGCCAUAAAAGGUGCGUUGGGGGUAAACGCCCAGGAGGUGAGAGUGGGCCAAAUGAGGCCCACAUACGACGGCAGCCAGGCUGUCACAGUCCAGCUGCCCAGGCUUAGGGAGCGAAUGGAAUUAAUUAGAUGCUAUAGGUGCUGGGACUUUGGCCACCUAUCAAACAGCUGCACCGGCAUAGAUAGAUCUAAGCUAUGCCGAAACUGCAGUGGGAAAAACCAUAAGGCCAAAGACUGCGAUCAGGCGAAAUACUGCCCUCUCUGCGGCGCUGAGGGGCACAGCGCAGGGUCGGCCAACUGCAGAUCCCUCAAGAUAAAUGUCAACAACAGCAGGCCAGCACACGAUCUGGCCUAUAGCUCAGCUGUUAAAAGGAAAGUGGAUUUGAUGUUAAUAAGCGAACCAAACAAAGAAUAUGUAAAAUCGGGUAGCUGGAUCAAAGAUGAGGAUGACGCCGCCGCGAUCGCCUACAGCUGCUAUAUAUCUCCAAACGCGACCGAGGAAAGAUUUAUCCAGUUUUUGGACGAUCUUGGGGAAAGCAUACGACAUUGGAGAGUGGGAGCCAUAAUAGAGGGAGACUUCAACUUCAAAUCCACGGAAUGGGGCUCUAGAGUAACAAGCAGGAGGGCAAACCUGCUCUCCGAGUGGGUUGCUAAUUUUAACUUGGUGAUCCACAACACCGGAAAAAACCCAACGUUUAGAAGGGGUAACAGCACGUCAAGGGUAGACAUCACCUUUUCCACCGAAGAUGUGGCAAAGGAUAUAACAGGGUGGAGGGUUCUGGAGGGAGAAACUCUAAGCGAUCACGUGCAAAUCAUGUUUCAGGUCGGCAGGAAAACAGAAAAGGUGCCCCAAAGACGGAUAAGAAGCCCCAUGGACAAGGGGGUUUUCCUAAGGAACCUAAAGGACAUGGCAUCGAGAGAAGCCCAGUUCACAGUUGGACAAUGUUCCAAAUUACUGGGGAGGUGCUACAAGCGAGCGGCCCCAUCGAUGAGAACGGAGGGAAAUAAGGCACCUUACUGGUGGACGCUGGAGAUAUCCAAGAAGCCGCAAGAUUGCCUUAAAGCCAGCAGGAUCCUACAAAGGUUUCUCAAGAGAAAUAAUUCCGACGUGGGAAGAGCUGCGCCUAUAGAGGAGGCAUACAAGGCGAAAAAGAAAGAGCUAAGACUCCAAAUUAGGGCUUCCAAGAGGAGAUGCUGGGAUAUUCUAUGUAGCGAUAUAGACAACAACGAGUGGGGUAACGGAUAUAAACUGGCACUGAAAACACUAUCGACAGGUCCCCCGGGGAAGUUACCGGCCGAGGGAAAAGCGGAGGCUGUGGCAACCUUGUUCCCCCAGCACCCUAUCUUGGAGGUGGCAGAAACAACCAACGACGCCCCCCCCUCCCUUCUCCCUCAAGGAGUUAGAAGAGGCGGGAUUAAAAAUGCGAGCGAAAAAGGCCCCAGGACCGGAUGGACUCCCUACCAAGGUUAUCAAGGCGGCCAUAGAGGGAGCCCCUGA